AUUUCCUCAUUCGGUCAGGUCCGCGGCCGGUUCGGCGAGAAACUGAUCUGAUGUCAGUGCCGUCUCGUUCAGCAUGUCACAGCAUAGCGACUUGCUCGAUGACUCAACUGAUCCGGGACCAGCGCUUACAAAGCAGUUGGGGACAGCUCCUUGGAAUUAAAGGGGAUGCUCAGCAGGAGGAGGAGGAGGAGGAUGAGGAGGCUGGGCAUACAGAGGAUGGAUGGAUGGAGCUGAGAAUAGGCCGUACAGUGUGGGGCUUCGGGGAGGAGCGCACUCUCAAAAGCGAGCGGCCGUGUCGUGUAAUGUAGCAGUCCAGCCUGAGCAGAGCGAGCGAUCAGACGAGGCACAGCAGCCGCGUCAGGGAUUCAAGGAACUGCAAGUGCAGGAAGAGGCACUAGGAGGCCCGAGGAAGGCAGCUAAAAAAGUCUCAACCCAGCGGAGUGGUGUCUGUGGAUGGACUGUGCAGGCACCCAUGGCAUCACAGGAGCUUGUGGAUGCAAGGGACUCUGCCACUCAUAAUCUGAAGCCAGGCAUGGAGGGUGCUGCUGCACCCAGCGGCGGUAAAACAUGUCCUGUCCACACCUCGGGCACAGAGGACACAAAGAGGGGCUUUCGGAAAGGCAUAGGGAGGCAUAACGACUACGUGAAGAUCUCUGUGCCGGAGUCCAAGGUCAAUCGUCUGCCCAUGGAGUGGUGGAAGACCGUAAUCGCCUUCUUCUAUGCUGGUUUUAACUUGGUCCUAACCACAGUUGUCAUCACUAUCGUCCACGAGAGGGUCCCGCCCAAAGAAAGCAGCCCGCCUCUUCCUGAUAAGUUUUUUGACUAUGUCGACAGGGUCAAGUGGGCGUUUACAGUGACAGAGAUCAAUGGCAUGGUGCUGCUGGCCAUUUGGCUGAUCCAGUUGUUCUUCUUCAGAUACAAGUCAAUAGCCAGCAGGCGGUUCUUCUUCCUCAUCGGCACCCUGUACUUGUACCGCUGUGUCACGAUGUACAUCACCACCCUGCCCGUACCUGGCAUGCAUAUGACAUGUGCUCCGAAGCUCCACGGAGACUCCCAAGCGAAGAUCCAGCGAAUCCUGCGACUGGUCUCCGGCGGGGGUCUGUCCAUUACAAGCUCCCAUCUCUUGUGUGGAGACUUCCUGUACAGUGGACACACCGUCAUGCUCACUCUCACCUACCUGUUCAUUAAGGAAUACUCGCCACGGUCAUUUUGGUGGUACCAUCUGAUGUGCUGGCUGCUCAGCGCCGUGGGUGUGGUGUGCAUCUUGGUAGCACACGAGCACUACAGCGUGGAUGUGGUCGUGGCCUAUUUCAUCACCUCCCGCCUGUUCUGGUGGUACCACACCAUGGCCAACUUACAGACUCUGAAAUGCUCACCCAACAACUACCUCACCAACACUUGGUGGAACCCGCUGUUCAACUUCCUGGAGAGGAACGUCCAGACCGCGGUGCCGUGCUCUUACAGCUGGCCCAUCACCUGGCCUCCUGCCUGCCUUAAGAACCCCUGCAAGAAGUACUCCAUGGUGCAGAGCACACGAGAGGAGUGACCCUGAUACCCAGCAGUGUUGCCUGAUAAUCCAUUGAUUGUCUGCUGGACAGGAACAUAAUGAUACCAAAUGCAUAGCUAUGAACGAAGUGUUAUCCGCAAAAAUGUGUCAAGAAGGAUAAUCAUUCUGUCUCUGUGUGUUCUUGUCGGUGUAAUUUAUUUAUGAGACGAACUCCUCUACAGCCGUCGUGGUUUCUGUAGCUGAUACUUGUAUCAACUUCUAGUGAAUUUCAUUCCUGAACAGAGCAUUCGCUGCAGUGUUUGCAAGAUUUGUUUUAUUUUUAGAUCUGCUCACGCAACUCUUUCAUACUGUAUGUGUUGACGGGGUUUACCUCAAUAUGAUAUCAAUGUGCUCAAGUCACAAGGUGCCUUAGUGUGUUUAAUGUCAGAAAGUGUUCCAAAACUGCCAUAAUGACUCUCUGUUUAUUUGUUUCUCUUCCUUUUCUAUGAGUUUUUUUAUUAUUAUUAUUAUUAUUAUUAUUAUUAUUAUUAUUAUUAUUAUUAUUGUAUUCAUUUUCGUAGCCUUGAGGGUGUGUCUCAUAGCUGUAGUCUCAUUAUUGUAGCAUUGUAAUUAAACUGUAACCAAAA